AUUUGGGGCCGGAUCCGUGACUUGGUGUCCGCACCCUCGGAUCUUGGAUUCCCCGCUACUGCUUUCCACAUCUGGUUUCGCUGGUUCGCCCUUGGCCCCGGAUGCGGUCCCUCGCGUGAGAUUCUCUCACGAGAUAAGUACUGGGUGUACUUGCAACAUGGUCUCACGGAGGGCUUCUCCGAGCAACGAAAAUUCUGUCUGCAUAUCUUGAGGGCAUCCAUAAGUUAUGCUCAAACGCAGCAAGGUGAUCUCCAUCCCUACGUUUCUGGUUCUAAAAGUGCUAGUUACGAGUCGGAUUACGCCAGGUACUGUACGCUUUUUGAGACUAUUGUUUUGGGGAGAUACCUCAACCAGGCGGAGGAAUGCAUGCCAGAUCUGCAAGCUCUCGCGUGGAAAUCCGACGUGCAUCCUACGUGGGUAAUCACCCUGCUUCGCGCUGCUCUGCGACCAGGAGUUCAGGAUGGCAUCCGUAAACUAGUUGGAAACCGAAUCUUCCAGGGCGUUAUUCCACUGCCUGAUACUGCUACCAGCAAUUUCCUGGAUUUCAUCGCUUCUUCCUUCUUGCCAUGGGCUACCCAAGGCUUCUUGUAUACUGGUUCGAUGCGUCGUAACGGACAGCGUGUUCGCUGUGAACACGGAGAGAAUCUUUCCAGCUUUGUCCGGCGCUUGCUGCAAGGCUGCUAUGAUGACGCUGCUCGUCAGAUAUACGCGCGGACUAUACUCUCGUAUCUGGACGAAAAGGGACAGAACUUGUUCCAAUAUUCCCUUGCCUAUUGCUUGCAAGGCAUACUGGAUGGCUUCCAAAACUCUCCAUCAGGAGAACCUUGCCGCCUACCAGAAGCGGACCUCCCGCUCCUGAUCAGGGUGGCCACACGCACUGGUUUGCCAGAAGUUGCCCGAGAUUUCUGCACAGCAACUUCGUCGGUCCUCUUGGGGCAGACUAUGCAGGGUCGUCCCGAGGCCGUUGCCAACUUACCUGGCUACAGCCUUCUACUAGAGCGAUGGAAUACUCUCAAGCGGGCCGAAAACAGCAAAGAAGAUGCUGCCCAAGAAGGCAGUUCUUUUUUCGCUAAUGCUGGGUCUGAUCCGCAGAGUAUGCCAGAUCUGAAAGCGUUCGUCAAGCAACUACAGGAGAGCAAGGUGGACCCCGAAGACCUGCACGCUUCGCUGGAAGCUAUUUGGGAUGAACUGGAAACCCAGGAAUACCCAAGGUCAGCUCUUCUGCAGCUACCAGAGGUUUUGUUCCACCCGAUAUGUCUUCGCACGGCAUCAGAAGACACUCAAGUACUUCUUUCUCGUGCCAUGCUGGAGCUUCAGGUGCUCACCGAGGGCCGGAUAUACGUUCUAUCGCCCCUCGCAAAGGCAUUGAGAAGUGCUUACUUUCACGUUCCCGAAUGUGUGGAUUUCCUCCCUUUUGAGACCUUCAUCGUCCGUAUGGCCAACCGGCCGCCGGCGCCUAAGCUGGAAUUUUUACUCGAGGCUGCCAUAGCUGAAAAGCUCACAGCCAUCUUGCCUACCCGGACUUACGGUUACUACUAUGGUCCCGGAGAAUCGCAUGGUUAUGCUUGCAUAUUUGAUCUCCUGAACAGGAUAAGGGCAUCGGAUCUUGCUAUGGCCAAACGUAUCCUUAGUACUCUGCUACACCCUUGGGCUACUCAAAAAAUGCCGAUACCUAUGGUCAGCAAGUGGAAGACUACCGUCCAGGUUCAGAUGAUGUUGCUCCUUACUGAGACUUGCAUCGAGGAAGCCUUGGAGGAGGAGAUUGCGAGUUACUCAAAGGCGUUUAUGAAAGCUCUCGCCAUCGAGCCGUUGCCUCGGUACAGGUUCCUUCUCGAGUGGAUCAUUGCCCGCAUCUAUUACAACCAGCCGGAGCAGCGUGUCGAACUCCUCAAAUUGCUUUCAACAGACGACCACUCCAACCCUAAGCACCUCGCAUCCGUCAUGAAGAUGGCAGUCAUGGUUGCCAGGCUUCCUGACGGCGAAGAAUCAUUCUCUCACAGGCUCAUGACUCUGCUCAUCCCGCUUUCGGCGAGUCCAAAGAUCGUUAUCCGACACGAGGCGCAAUGGUCAUUCCCGCCUCUAUGGGACCACGCUGUCAACCAAGACUGGUCCACACUGACAGCGAACCCGGCAUUCGAGGCACUGAACAAGCACAUUCGCGCACUGGACAAGUACUCGACGCCGCCACCGGGCCGGACGCUCGAAUGGCUGGACCCGAUCCGCGACCACACGCUCGCGACGCUGUUCGAGGGCCGGUACCUCGACCUGGACCCGCCUGACGCCAAACUGGUCCUGACGCAAGACUUCCACGUCGUGUGGGCAGACACCGAGGCGCCGCUGCAGACAGUUGACUAUCCACCCCCGCGGGUGCCGCUCGGCUCCUCCAAGCUCGCAAAACGGCACUCACUGCCGCGGGCCCCGUCGACCAACAGCGGCACGCCAGCCACGUCCACGCCGACUCCCGCCCCAGCCGACGCCGCGGCCGCAAUCGUCCCGCUCCAGACCAAGGGCACAGCAUGGCAAGAAGCGCUGCUCGCAUCCCCAGCCGAAGCCUCAACGCGCCAGUCGACGCCGCUCAUCCUCGUCGGCUCGCUAAUCGACAACCCGUACAACCUGGGCGGGCUCUCACGCGCAGCGGAGAUCUUUGGCUGCGAGUCGCUGCAACUACGGACGCUGGACACGCUCGCGCACCGAGACUUCGUCUCCGUCGCCGUGUCCUCGCACAACCACCUCCCGAUCUCGGCGCUGCCGCCCGCGGAGCUGGCGGGCUUUUUGCGCGCGCGCAAGGCCGACGGCUACAUGGUUGUGGGCGUCGAGCAGACGGACCGCAGCGUUGUGCUUGGGGCCGAGGGGAGCGCGUUGCCCCGGCGCUGCGUGCUCGUUAUGGGGAGUGAGCGCGAGGGCAUCCCUGGUGCGGUGCUGGCGGAGUGCGAUCUUUGUGUUGAGGUUAGGCAGGUUGGCGUUACGCGGAGUUUGAAUGUGCAGACGGCUGCGGCCAUUGUGCUGUUUGAGUAUCAGAGGCAGCAU